GUUUUUCCAAUGGGUUGCAUAACAUAUGCAUAUUCAGUUAGUUAAUUAAUUCGAAAGAAAUGACAGCGAUGGAAAAAAAUGUCGCGGGAAGAAAAACUUUUGAAGAAGCCAUCAAACUGACAGGUUUUGGAAAAUUUAAUUUCUUCGUUAUACUAGCUACUGGAGGUAGUUUAAUGUGCGUUAUAGUAGAAACAAUGUGCGCUAUGUUCAUAACACCAGCGGCGCAAUGUGAUUUAGAGUUGAGUACGUUACAUCAAUCCCUACUUUACUCUAUGAGUUUUUUGGGAGUCGUUACCGGAUCUCAUCUUUGGGGGUAUUUGGCGGAUACUAAGGGCAGAAAGAUGGUAACGAUGUUAUCUCUUAUCGUUAGUUCGAUAUUUAGUUUUAUAUGUAGUUUCGUAACAGUGGCGUGGUUAUUCAUUUUAUUGAGGUUCCUGAACGGAUUUUUUAUCGGAGGUUCCUCGGCCAUUAUAUACGCUUUUGCUGGCGAAUUUCACGAUAACAGAUUUAGGCCCAAGGUCGUUACGUGGAUAGCCACUUUCGUAGCUUUCGGUAACAUUUACAUACCCGGUAUGGCUUGGGUUAUACUUCCCCAAACGUGGUCCAUCAAUUUACCAAUAAUCGACGUCGCAUUUAGACCGUGGAGAUUGUUGAUAAUAAUUUACGCGUUACCAAGUCUAUUUUUCGUUAUAUUGGUAUUUUUUUUACCGGAAAGUCCGAAAUAUUUGAUGACGCAAGGAAAAAGUGAAGAAGCUAUUUGUAUAUUGAGACAAAUAUUUGCUAUUAACAAUGGAAAAACCCGCCAAGAAUAUCCGGUUAAGCAGAUUAUUUGGGACGAUAACGAAACGGCAGUACAACGUAAAAAAGAUUCUGGCAUAUUGAGUUCGGUGUGGCAACAAACUGCGCCUGUAUUUAGGAGAAAGUAUAUUUUAAAAACAAUCAUGGUCUGCUAUCUUCAGUUUGCUAUAUUUUUCACUACAUCCACAGUGAUUAUGUGGUAUCCACAGAUAUUAAAUAGUAUGAGUGAACUUGGAAAGGAAGUUCCAAAUAACGAAGUAACAAUGUGCAAAGCAGUUGAAAAUAUUAGUAACAAUGAGUCGGUACAAAUUUUAACCGACAAUUACUUAACUGAUAUAAUAAUCCAAAACGACGCGAUUAGAUCUAUCGAGGGUGGUAAAUGUAACGACAAUAUAAACGAUGAAGUUUUCAUGGUAUCUCUCACGAUCGGAUUAUGUUAUGUUAUUUGUUACAUCACUAUCGGAAGUCUUAUUAAUUUAGUAGGUCCGAGAAGACUUUUAGCACUUUUUAUCAUAUCCGGAACCGUUGCAGGUAUAUGCGCUCAAUUACUGAGCAGUUACACGUUUAUUCAAAUCACUUUAGGAAUAUUUUUAAUGUCCGCCCCUGGUAUAGGUAUAGUUAACGCUAUAGUUGUCGAUUUGUAUCCGACUGAAAUAAGGGGAAUGGCGCUGGCGGUUUCUUUGAUGUUUGGAAGAUUCGGUGCCAUGUCGGGAUCGUAUGCUGGUGGAAAUUUCUUCUACGAUUUCUGUGAUUAUGUGUUUUAUAUCAUCGCCGCCUUUCAUAUUCUUGUUAUAAUUGUCAUUAAACUGUUACCUUCGCCAAAGUCUUCAAUGAAGACAUAACACAAUCAAUUUCAAUAAAUAAACUUUUAAAAUAUA